CAUCGAUAGCUGUCAUCGAUGUUUCGCCACCUCUAGUCCGGCAGUCUAUCGCCCGUCGAUUUUCUGAAGUUUUUCUCUCCUACCAAAACCAACACAAGUGUUUUUUAUGUUUUAAAAAAAACAUACGAAAAGCGAAAUCAAUCACUGCUAACAUUACGAGCUUAGCAAACGAAAUUGAGACAAACAAACCUCAACAGCACAGUCGCCAAACGAUGUGAAAACAAUGCUUAAAAACGAAACGGGCCAACAACAACGAGCAGCGAGCAGCAGAAGCUACAGCGAACAACAGACAAAAAGACUCACAUACACACACUAACGCGCAAGAAACGCAAAAAGAAACGAGAAAAAAUAAAAUCAAAAAAGAGAAAAAAAGAAAAGCAGCAGCAGCAGCAAAUUUAUGCGAAAAGAAAAAGCAAGAGAGAGAGGGAGACAGAGGUGCGUGCUAUGCUGCUGCCUGAUACCAACAAGAAGAGUUCUGCAAUCAGUUUAAAGUCAACACAAGAGCUGGGAUUCCAAUUGGAACUUGCCAGCAGCAGCAAAAACAACAACAAUACAAACGUAUUCAAGCUGCGUUGUCGUUGCCUAUUACAAUUUUAGAGUGUGAGUGUGUGGCCUCUGAUUGUUUUCUAUUGUGCGUGCGUGCGUGCGUGCGUUUCUUGCUUGUUGCUGCAAGGGGGCGGGGUGGGCGACAAGGUGCAGUGAAAUCGCUGCUCUGCAAUAACAACAACAACAACAAUAAGAAGGCGGCAAACAACAAACCAACUCGGCUUUUGAUGCGGAUGCGGCAAAUCGUUUAGCAACAGCAGGAGCAGCAAGCACUGGCCAUGCUCCCCAUCAGCGAGGAGCAGCACGUUGACAAUGGCAACAACAACAAUCAGAAACAACUGCAACUGCAACAACAACAACAGCAACACAUUCUCAAUGCCGAUGAUGCGGCCGCCAAUGGUCUGGUGGUGGAUGAGGAUGCCGCAUUGGCAGCGGACGCCAGCCUCUGGACCGCAUUGUAUGACUAUAAUGCCCAAGGCGAGGAUGAGUUGACGCUGCGUCGCGGUCAAAUUGUUGUGGUGCUCUCCACGGACAGCGAAGUCUCAGGCGAUGUCGGCUGGUGGACGGGCAAGAUCGGUGAUAAGGUUGGAGUCUUUCCGCGCAACUUUGUGACGGACACAGAUCCCAUGCAGUUGCCCCAUGAAAUUGAAUACAAGGAGCUGGACAUCAAAGAGGUCAUUGGUUCCGGUGGCUUUUGUAAAGUGCAUCGCGGCUACUACGACAACGAGGAGGUGGCCAUUAAGAUUGCCCAUCAGACCGGCGACGAUGACAUGCAACGUAUGCGUGAUAAUGUGCUGCAGGAGGCGAAACUCUUUUGGCCACUGAAACAUCGCAAUAUUGCCGCAUUGCGUGGCGUCUGUUUGCGCACGAAACUGUGUCUGGUCAUGGAAUAUGCACGUGGCGGCAGUUUGAAUCGCAUUCUUGCCGCUGGCAAGAUACCACCAAAUGUCUUAGUGGAUUGGGCCAUACAAAUUGCACGCGGCAUGAAUUAUUUGCAUAGCGAGGCGCCGAUGUCGAUCAUCCAUCGCGACCUGAAGUCAUCCAAUGUGCUCAUCUACGAAGCCAUCGAGGGCAAUCAAUUGUAUCACAAAACGCUGAAGAUCACCGAUUUUGGACUGGCACGCGAAAUGUACAACACACAGUGUAUGAGUGCGGCGGGCACAUAUGCCUGGAUGCCGCCCGAAGUCAUCAGCCGGAGCAUGUACUCGAAAUCCUCGGAUGUGUGGAGCUAUGGCGUGCUAUUGUGGGAACUAAUCACUGGCGAGACGCCGUAUAAAGGUUUCGAUCCGCUCUCCGUGGCCUAUGGCGUUGCUGUGAACACGUUAACGUUGCCCAUACCAAAAACCUGCCCCGAAACGUGGGGCGCACUCAUGAAGAGCUGUUGGGAAAGUGAUCCCCAUCGAAGGCCCGAUUUCAAAAAGAUUAUCGAGCAGCUGGAGAGCAGCGCUUGUUCGUUGUUUACGCUGACGCCGCAGGAAUCGUUUCAUCAGCAGCAGGAGCUGUGGAAAAAGGAGAUUGCCGAGGUGCUGCACGAUUUGCGCGAAAAAGAAAAGGAACUGCGCAACAAGGAGGAGCAACUGGUGUUGAUGCAAAAGAAGCAGGUGGAGAAGGCCAACAAGUUGCAUCAGCUCGAGGAGCAGCUGCGACAGCGUGAGAUCAACAUACUUGGACGCGAGCUCAUCAUGCAGCAGGUGCAGCCGGUGCCAUCGAAACGCAAGCCCAAAAAGAUCAAGAAGAAAGCACAGAUCUCACUGCCCACGGGUUUUCGGCACACAAUUACGGCUGUCUGCGAUAAAGUGGAGCCUCCUGGUUCGCCCUCGCUCUCCGGAUUGCGCAUUGUAGCACUGACUGAUGGGCACAAGAACAAGACGUGGGGACCGUCGACAAUGCAUCAGCGUGAGCGCUCAUUGCUGCCGCCGCAGCUCGGUGGCCAGGCGCCCGAAUGGCCACCGCAAAGCUCAACGCACUCAUCAUUCAGCAAAAGUGCGCCUAAUCUCGACAAGAAGCAACUGACUCCGGUUGCUGCCAAUGGGGGAGCGAUGAUGAUGGUGCCACAUACCUUGGUGGGCAGCUCCAAUGUGGGCAGCAUUGCUGUUGGCUCAGGAGGAGUAGGAGUCGGAGUCGGUGGAGGAGGAGGAGGCAGUGGAUCGGCGCCAACAACACCAAUGUAUUUGGGUGGCAGUGUGGCGGCCAUUGGAGCGGUGGGUGCUGGUGUGGCGACAGGUAUACCAUAUUUAAUACUGCAUACCAAGAACAACAACCAAAACAUCAACAACAACAGUAGCAACAACAGCAGCAGCAGCAACAACCACAUCAACAACAAGAACAACAGCAGCAGCAGCAAUCACAACAACAACAACAUCAGCAAUAGUAGCAAUAAUAGCAAUAGCAAUAAUCAUAAUCAUAACAAAACUAACAACAACAACAGCAGCAACCACAACUCGCCACGACUGAAUCUGAAUAACGUUAAACGCCCGCCUGCCAGCAGCAUUUAUGGACGCGCACGCAGCCAGGAUUAUGGACUCGAUCACAUGGCAACGUCAUCGCCGCCGUCGUCGCACAACAAUUACAAUCACUACAAUCACAAUCAUCUCAAUUACAAUGUGUCGCAUCUGCUGUCCGAUGAUAGCUCCGAAACGGACACUUUAACCCCAACGACCGGUUGCUUUCACUUUCUCAAAUCGAGCGCCGGGGUUGCCAUCAAUCCGGAUGUGGCCAACGCACGCUUGGGCGGCAGUCUUGGCAACAGUCCGGCUGUGGGACGCAAAAAGCUAUCCCUAGACAGUCAACAGCCUACGACUUUGGUAAGAACAAUGCAACCGUCAGCAGCACCGACAACAUUGAUCAUAACACCGCAACAGCUGGGAACGGAACGUUCCGGUGAUAAUAAUACGUAUGAUCGUGCCUUCUAUCGCGAUGUGGUUAAAAAGAUAUUGGCAAGCAGCGAGCGUGUGAAUUCAAAAUCGAGCGGUGAUCUAACCAUGUAUAAUUCAUCCACCCGCUUGACCGAACAACGUUUGGGUGUUCCCUACGAUUACGAUUAUGAUUACGAAGAUGCAGAGGAAGCGCACGAAGGUCGCUUUCAACGCAAUGCAUCGGGUUCGCAAUUCCCCCGACAUUGUUUCUUUCGCGAACAGCAACAGGAGACGACGACGACGACGACGCCGCAGAGUAACGCAAAUGAUGAUGAGGAUGAGGAAGAAGUUGAGAGUGAGGAGCAGGAUCAACGUCACAUGCAUUCGCAUUCGUCAUCGUCGACUAUUGACACAUCGGCGUCGGCAUCGGCAUCGGUCACGGCCUCCACAUCGAUGGCGAGUCAAAUGCGUGCCACAACGCGCAAAGGUUCGGUAACCUUUCAAAUGGGCGGCAGCGGAGGAGGCGUCGGUGCUGUUGUGCCCGUUGAACUGCCCAGUCCCAGCCUGAGUCAGAGCACAAGUCUGAGUCACAGUCAACGUCAUCAGACGUCAAUAGCUUCCAUUAGUUUCGCCACCAACUACAGUUCCAGCGAUAAUGAUGAUAACGACAACGACAGCGAUGAUGAAGCGCCAACGAUGGCGCACAAUUACGAUGAUGAUGAUGAUGAUAAUGAUGGUGGUGGCAUAUUGAAGGAUGCUGUCGACGAUGGACAGAAUGGCGCAUUGAUUCUCGAUAAGAAUUGCAUUAUGCACACACGUAAUAUGCUCGAUGUGCAGCCGCAUCCCGAUGUCAUUAAGAUGAAGAAAUCGUUGUAUGCCGCCGAACAGCAGCGACAGCACAAGAAGCAGAAAAACCGUAAGAAACAACCUCAUCUACGUUCGCUGGCCAAAUCGAAGUCCAUGGAUGCCGAUGGCAAUGACAAGUUGCAAUUGCAACAGUCACAGAAUGAGCAGCAACAACAACAUCACUCGACAAGUGGCAUCAAGUUCAAGUCGUUGAUGAAUUUGUUUACGCGCAACUCGAAGAAAAAGUAUACGAAGUUGGGCAACGUUGGACGCGGCGUCGGCAGUGGAAGCAAUGCCGAAUUUUAUGCCAUCGAUCCGUAUGACGCAGAGUUGUUGCCAGCAUCGGCGACGGACGUGGCAGCGAUCACAACGACGGGUGCAAAGCGUAAGAGCAAAAAACCCCAAACACAAUCCUGCGAGCAAUUGGAGCGAUGCUAUCAGGGGAACAACGACAAGGACGAUUGGCGCUCGGGGGCAACCAACAUGCCGAUCAUGUCACCAUCGCCGUAUCUCCUCAGUCGCUUCACCACCAACGUCCCGCUGCCCACCUUAUACGCAGGCGAUGCGGCUCGAAAGCCCAAGUUGUCGGUGAUCGAACUGCUGCUGUACAACAUGGCAUCGCUGCUCGCCGGCGUCGCCGCCGGCUACGAUGUGCGCAUGUCCAAUGUGUCACCGGUGCAUCCCACGCUGCUCAGCGAGUUGCCUGCACUGAAGGCAGCACCAAAGGCGGCGUGUCUGGAGUUGCAGGAGCAGGAGCAACAACAAUCACUGUUAGAGUCGCAGUCGCAGGCGCUGACACGGCAGGAGGAACAUGACGAGCAUCAAGUGGAUGGAACAACUAGGCAGCUCAAUCAAAUAUCAAAUGCGCCAAGAUAUGCGCCGCUGUCGGAUGCGCUGAUGACGGCGUCGUCACAGAAGCCACAGAACUUGGCGCAACGUCGCGUUGGCGGCAGUCAACCGUAUUACACGCCCGUGCAACGCACGCCGCAGCAUCAGUUGCACCAACAACAGACGCAACCGCAGUCGCAACAACCACAACAACAACAACAACAGCUAGUGACUGCCACUGUGGCAGCACAAGUUGGUGCCGCCGCUGUGAUGGCGCCACAGACUGUGGCUGCACUUUAUGCCGGCUCCCAGCCGCCAACGCCGUCGCCACGUCGUAAGCUGAGCAGCAGCAGUUGCAACAAUCCAACAACAACAACAGGUGGCGGUGGCAAUGACGGCGUCUUCGAGGAGUUUCGCGUGGGCGGCGGCAUUGGACCGCCGCCGCUUUAUGCGCCCGCCGAUUAUCUGCGCAACGGACCCAGUUAUUCCAACGAUGGCGGCGGCGGCGGCUAUCGCAAUGGUUACUUUGGUUCCAAUUAUUUUCCCUAUCGGCCGGAGCUGAACUUUACGUACGAACGCGAUUGCAAAUCGUAUCCGGAUUACAGCUACGAUUACAAUCAUCGGCUGCCGGAUUACUAUGACUAUCAUCAUCAUCACCAUCACCAACAGCAGCAGCAGCAACAGUAUGAGGCAGCGUCAGCAGCUGUUGUUGUACCACUGCAGACGCGCACGCCACCGCCGCGUGUGCCACAAAUGGGCGUGACAGCGGGCGGACAUCGACGCACACCGUCAACGGUGUCGAACAAUUCGAAUGUGCUGCUGGAGCAUGAGGAGCUGAUGUACGAUUACAACAAUCUCAAUUUGAAUGUGCAGCUAAAUGUGGAUUACGAUGGCAGCGGAGGUGGAGGUGGUGGAGGGGACACAACCAGUUUGCCACCAACUGUGGCAACAGCCGCAACGCUUAGCAAACAAGAUUUGUAUGCGAUUGGUUCGCCUAAGCUCAUCAAUCGGAUGUUGCACAGUCCGCUGGCCAAAAGUAAAUAUGCGCCCGUGACGCGACCAGCGAGUUUGCCCUUUGAGCAGCAUGCACUCAGCUAUCAGCAACAGCAGCAGCAACAGUUGCCACCACAACAACAACUGCAGCAACCACAACAGUUGCAAUUGCAACUGCAACCUGGCAAACUGCGCAGCUCGAUGAAAAAGUACAACAGCAAUGGGGGCAGCAGCAUCUCAUCGCAGCAGGGCACGCCCACAAAUCCGACGCCGCCGGAUUCAUUGACCAGCGACGAUAGUUCGUAUCUGAGUGCGAAGGAAGGUUCGAUUGGUUCGCAGCACAGUCGCGUCCGCUUCAGUCCCGAGGCGUAUCUCGAUGCCAAUUUGCCGUUGCUGCCACGUCGCAUGACCACCUCACCCAGCAGCAGCAGCAAUCCGGCAAUCCAACAGCAACAGCAGCAACAUCAACGACAUCAUCGUCAUCAUGGCUCCAGCGCCAGCACACCAUCGCCAUCGGCCUCGUCGUCAUCCUAGCAGGCGCGUCUGGCGCUAACUUUGCAGUUGGCGCGUAGCCCGGGCGCAGACGUCGUUGGCGUCGCUGGUGGCGGUGGUGGCGGCGGCGUUGGUGGCGCCUCCAGUUUGGCACUGGGUCUGGCGUUGCAUCAGCAGCGGGUGCCCUAUCGCUGGUAUUCGGGUGCAAGGCGAUCGCGGUCCGCACACUACGAGUAUCGACUCUGAGCGGCGAGGAAGCGAUAGCAACGGGAGCGACGGAGCAGAGCGGGAGAGAGAGUGGACUACAGCGAUAAAGACAGAGAGAGGGUGAGAUAGAUGGAAAGAGGGAAACAAAAAGAAAGAGAGAGAGAUAGACAGUGAGAGAGAAAGAUAGAGAUGAAAAGAGAGAGAUGAGAAGAGAGAGAUGAAAAGAGAGAGAUGGAAAGAAAGAGAGAUAUAGAAAGAGAGAGACGGCAAUAGAAUGAUCGAGACAGAGAUAUAUAGAUAGAGAGAGAAAGAGAGAGGUCAAUAGCGUGAUUGAGAAAGAGAGUGCGACUGGCAGAGCGAGCAAAUUUUUUGUAUAGUACAUUUUAUACCUCAUGCAAGCGUACAUUAGAGCGAGAGCGACAGAGAGUGAGAGAGAGAUGGAGAUGUAGAUGUAGGUGUAGAAUCAACAUUGUAAAUGUAGAGGGAACACCGAAGUUCUCUGGCAGCAACAACAAAUUUCUAUAGGUUUUUCAAUUCCGUUAGUUCGUCAACGUUCUGCAAACUUUCCUAAAUUUCUUGCAACUAGCAAAAUUUAUUCAAUGUCUUUCUGUUCCACAUCCCAACGUGACUUUCCGACAUUUUCCAUAAAAAUCGCCAUUUUGUUGCACCAUAACCUCACUUUUGCUAUAUCCAGGCUGUCCAGAGACUUCACCUUCAGCCAAUGUGCGUCUGUACAUACAUAUAUAAUAAUAUUAAAGAAUUACAAAAGUAUGUUCAGUUGAAUUCGACAUAUAUACAACCAGUACAUAAGUAUAUAUAUAUACUGUAUAGUAUAGAAGACAUAUGCGAUUUGUAUAUUUUAGCCCUCAAGUUGUUCACACGCAAAAUAUAAUGUACGAAUAUUAAACGUAUUGUAUAAGUUUAUGCUACAGUUAUAUACUAUAUAGACACAUACAUAUAUAUAUAUAUUGCCAUCCCCGACUUGUGCGAUUUGCCUUAAAUAUAGCGUGAGAAUUAACAAGAUAUAUAUGUGGUGUGUGUGCAUGAAUAACCCACGAAUAUCCCCUCUCCUCGGGCGAAAUACUCAGAAACAAAACAACAGCAUCAACAAAAAAGCCUUAUGUAUGCCGAUACAUCUCCGACUGUCUCCAAUUGCGUUACGCCUUAAGCCACGCCCCUCGAACAACAAUAAUAUAGGAGAGAACUAAAAUAAAAAAAGAAGAUAGCUAGAUAGCGACAGAGAGAGAAAGCAAAUAACAACAACAAACACACCAAUAACUCCAUUUUUAAGUCUGAACAAAUUAACGUUUAUAUAAAGAUCUAGAAAUACAUAUAUAUACAAAUAUAAAUAUAAUAUAGAAUGUAUAACAAUGAUAUAUGUAGCUCGAUAUAGAAACGCGUUGCUAACAAACAAGAAAAAAAAACAAAAGAGAUACAAGAAACCCUUAGCUCUAGUUUGAUUAAAUUAUAAUACUAACCCUAUACAGAUAUUUAUAUAUAUAUACAUAUAGAAAUCCUGCAGUAUAUAAAUAUAUAGAAAUUUGCAAGUUUCCGAGAGAAAAAUACAAAAACAUUCAUAUAAUAUUAUCAAAUUUUUGACUACUACAAAAUACAUCCCAAAUACGCGUGUAUGUAUAUAUAUAACUCUGUACAACUGUUUAUCCCGAUAUGUAAACUAUAUAAUGCUUAUACACAUUUACUUAAUUGCAAAUCAAUUGGUUUGAUCGAGGCGACAUAAGCGACAUCAAGUGGAGAGAGAAUGUCACACCAUUUUUUUUUUAAAUGUGAUAAAAAAAACAAAACAAGAACUGCAUUUUUCUCUAUAGGUUUUUUUCCAUGCUUUAUAGUCAAAAUGUUGUACCUUGUAGUCCCAAGGAAGACUAUAAUAGAACUGAUUGUCUGUCGGUCUUCCCAAUCUCUAAACGAGAUAUUUCAAAUAGAGCUUUCUUUUUGAACUAAAUUUCAUGCGAAUGUGACAUUUCUGAACGCUAGAUGGCGCUGCUUUAGCAUCGAAUAAAACUCGAGAGAUAUUGUAUGUUUUUUGAAAUGCUUGUUCUCUAGUUUUGAUAUGUUGUAUCGAAUUGAAUUGUUUGCCAAAAAAAUGCAACGUCACCUAACUAUUUAAACUAAACCUAAUAACAAUUACUAUUAUCAUUUAGACAAAUUUGUUGUUCAUGCUCAAAAGAAAAAGAAAAGAAAAACAAACUUAAUAACUGAAUAUUCCCAACCUCAUCGAGUGUGCUAUAUAUCAAAAAAAGAAAUAAAUAAGAAAACUAAAACAAAAGAAAAUAAUAAUCCGAAGAACCAGUAAAACAAAAAAAAACUUGUAGUCGAAUUGCCUUUUGUUGCCUGUGUCUAAUGUAUUUAUUAUUGCAAGUUGAGUUUGCCACAGAUCAGAAACUUGAACGGAAACAGAAUUAGUAUCGGAAUCAGAAUCAAAAAUCAAAAUCGAUCGAACAGAGUUUUGAUUUGGUUCGCUAGCUAGAUAUGGUGUUUUUUUUUAUAGGGUGCGCGCCUAUAAAUAUGCAAUAUGCAAUAAUAAAAUGCCGCUUGCGACUCAGUUUUAUGUACAAAUUAGCGUUUAAACAAUUAACAAUUAAUUAAUAACAAAUUAAUUUGAAUCAUUCAGAGACCAAAACGCAAAACAAAAAAAAAACCGAAACUAAAAAUAUA